UUAAAAAUAAAAAUAUAUAUAAAAAAACCUUCUCAGUUCUUCAAAUUCAAACAGCCCCAUCAUGGCAUUUGAUUUGUUAUGUUCCAAAAUGGGCAACCUCGUCAAGUUCCUUCCCACAGGAACUGUCUUCAUUUUCAACUUCUUAAACCCUGUUUUAACUGACAAUGGCAAUUGCAAAACUCCACUCAACAAACAAUCAGCCGCCAUUCUCAUUGUCCUUUGUGGCUUCACCUGCAGUUUCAGUUGCUUUACCGACAGUUACAAAGAUCGCGACGGAAAAACUCAUUACGGGAUAGCGACUUUCAAGGGUCUUUGGCCGUCGCCAUCAUCAUUCGAGUCGGAUUUGGUGAACUUGUCGAGCUACAAGCUUCGGUUGAGCGACUUCGUGCACGCUUUCUUUUCGUCGAUGGUGUUCGCAGUUUUAGUCCUUUUGGAACCCAACACCGUGAAGUGCUUUUAUCCAUCUUUGUCGACCAAUUCCAAGGCUUUAAUAUGCCUAAUUGCAUUGCCUCCGAUUGCACUCGUAGUUUCAUUGGCCUUCAUGUGGUUCCCUAACAAACGCCAUGGCAUUGGGCACCCUUCCAUUGAACAUUCUUCCAAUAAGACCAAUUUGCUUCUUCCACACACAAGUUAAUUUCUUCUUGAUUAAUAUUGAGUAAAUUCUACUGCUCGUUUAUUUUCUUUUAAAUAUUUAUGGUUGUAUCUUAGUUUUUAAUUUACAAUAAAUUUUGAUAAUGAAUGCUUUAAGGGUAUCAUAAAGUAAAGUUACAA